UUAACACAAAUUUUCAUUCAAAAUAGCUUUUCUUGCCGUUCAAAGCAAAAUGAAAGCGUUCAAGACGAGAAGCGAAACGGGGAAUAGAAAUGGAAAUGAUAGGAGCUAUAUGCGACGAUUUCCUUCCGAUUCUGACCUUUACAGGAAAGUCCUACAAAAAAAGGCUAUGUCGCAUGCAAAUCUGCAUAAAAGGUUCGCUUCUUGUACGCAGUUAAACAAGCUACCGUCGCCCCAGCACCAUCAAAACUGCAAAGAAUAUAAAUAUGAAGAGAAGCUUACUAGCGAGCUUAACAGGUUUUAUUCCCGUCGGGUCAGGCAGACAAGAGCUGAGGUCAAACGAAACAAACAACUGGCUUUUUCUCUCACGUUUAAAAUGUUGAUUAAUGCUCAAGUCGUUAACGAUCGCUUUACGGUCGGGGGAAUUCUACGCAGUGGGGCAAGUUACGGCGACAUGGUGGAGAUAGAAAGUGAUCGGUUUGAGUUUGGUGUCCCUGUGUACCUCGAUGAAAAUGCAAGCUUUUCCAUCCAUCGUGCCGAAGAAGAUGGCUUUGUGAGACUGCAACUUGAUGAUUGCGAAACUUGGGAAGAUUGUCUUGACGACGAUGGAUUUCUCUCGGCAAAUCUGGUUCGGUCCAAGCUUCACUUAACAAUGAAAAACACUUUGAAAUCCCUAAAAAAUAACAUUGAAGAAGGAAGCGAUGAGUAUCCAAAUGAUGUCCAGGAUGUGGAUAUUUUCUGCGAAGGUUCAACUAUACUUCUACAAAUAAAAGAGAUAAGUGGAUUCAUAGUAGUAGAGUUGAUCCCCACGAUUGUGAUAUCACGGGAAAAUUUGGAGUGGUGUCGGAGAUUUUCCAAAUCUGCGCCACCAUCUUUCGUUGCCGGUAAAGCGUGUCCUUUGCCUUUGAGUGAUCCGGAAACGCUUUGGCAAUUGUCAUUCUCUUCUGCCGAAAAGCAAAAAUUCCGCACUUUGGGUACAACGAAAUAUCGUUUGUUUUUAACAUUGGCUGAAAUAAGAGGGCGUGAUAAAACUCUGCGAGAGUUGUCGCUGUACCAUUUACAAACCGUUCUGUUCCAUAUUGGGGAUCUGAUCAGUGAUCCAAUGAAAUGGAGUAAGGAUAAGAUGGGGGAGCGUUUCUUGGAUGUACUUCGCUGUUUGAAAAAAUUUCUAGAAAAUAAAAACUGUCCGCAUUACUAUAUGCCGAAUAACAAUCUAUUUGCAAGUGUUAAUGCUGUCACUAUUGCUACUCUCAAGGACAGGCUGAGGAAAAUGGUAAAACCAACAUGUGUAGCUUGUGGCGUGGCGACAAUUUGUAACAGUGACUGAGGCCAGGGGAUAGGAAAUGGCCAUUCGUGGUCACUCGCCUUCCCUCGUGGUCAUUCGGGGCUGGGUCGUGGUCACUUACGGUCAGUCGUGGUCAUUCGACGUCAUUCGUGGCAGUUCGUAAUUAUUCGUGGUUACCCGUGGUCCCUUUUAUGUGCGUAUGCCCUUUUAUAUGCCCUUUUAUUUGCUGUAGAGGCAAUCCUAUAUAUCAUGUCUUGGCUUGUCUGAAUAAGGUAACCAAGUCCUAGCUGUGAGAAGAAUGGGGACAGAGGGAGUUGUUUAGGAAGAAUAUUACACUUUCGACUUUCGUAUUCUUUGCGAUGCUACCAAUCGAGAUUCUCGUAAGCGGUUGUUUCCAACUUAACAGUGAAAGGAUAUUUCUUGUGAGGUGUGAAGCCAUUUUUCAAACUGAUACAAGCCUUAGUAAACUGAAUAUGCUUUGGAUAGACUGACAUGAUGUAAACAAGAUUAUGGGUUGUUAGCUGAAUAUAUGCGCCGAAUUCCUUGCUAUGG